AUGAAGGUGAAAGUAUUAUCAACGUUUUCGUACCAAGCGACCGCCUUUUUGACGGUGGGAGUGCCGAUGGCUGCGGUUGUGAUAGCACAACGUGGCUACCUUUUCCUGGAUCGAUCAAAAUUAUCCAUAGACAGAAUCUGCGCGUUGUCUUGGCCUCCAGAGGCAAACUGCGUUGUCGAGUUUAUGCCAUAUGGUCUAGGAGUUCUUCUUCUACUCCUCGGCUCCAAUUUGGCAUCUUUCCUGCUGGAAGCGCCAUCCGAGACGGAAGUCAAGAAUGUCCAAACUCAGUAUGAGCGCCGCCAUGCCAUGAUCGAAGAGAUGGUGGAAGAACUGGAGGAUCAUGACUGGGACUCGGACGAACUUGGGAUGGUGGUAUUCGGAAAACUACGAAGUGCGCUGAUUGAUCUGCUCGAGUUACCUCGCAUCGAGAGAAACACGUUGGAGAAGGGAUUUCAUUUUGCCUGGCUUCUUUUUGAAAAAGAGCUUCGUGUUGCCAUAGCGAAAACAAAGGAGGGUGAAGAGAUUGAGUACGCCAAUGGCAAGAAGCUCGACAAAUUACUUUCCGCUUACGAUAGCUUCUACAGGCUGGCCCUGCGAGGAGGAGCUGCUCAAGAUGCGGCGGACGUUAAGAGAAUUUGGGAUCUUGUGAAGAAGGGACGUCGUGCUCAUCGCACUAUUGAAUUCAGAGGUGUUUCAAAGGCCCUGCAGAUGCUCUGGAUGGUCCGAACUGGCAUCAUUUGGGUUGCAUUGGAAAUGUUGGUGUCCAUGGUCGCUGCAAUGGUUUCGGCGCUGAGUGUCUAUUAUCGAUCAGAGGUACUCGACACUAUUCAGCUCGGUGGCGAGACCUUCUGGGUUGCUUCCAAGGCUAUGGUAUUUGUCGAAUUGACUUCUGCUCUUCUCUUGUUGCUCGCAAAGACCCUGAAGAUCCGUGGUGGAGGUAUGGUGGCUCAUGAAGUCAAGGUCAAGUAUUUUAAAGCACUUAUUGAACAAGAUUUGAGCUGGUGGGCUGUUAUGGGCAAGGAAGAGGAAGAACCGAAGUGGGAACUCUUUAGCCUCGACCGCGAGGUGAAAGACUUUCUUGAAAUCCCGCAAGACAUUGCCAAGAGCGCCUCGACCGUGGCUACUCAUUCUAUUCUUGUCCUGACCAAGUCGUCAAGAUCCUUCUAUUUUCUCCUUUUCCUGAACUUUGGAAUGCCCAUCCUCUCUUGGGUUCUGCAAAAAGUUACGCACAAACUAAGGCCUAUCCUGAUGAGGGGUUUGGUGCUUCCUUCCUAUGACGAAUAUACUUGGCUCUAUGCCGUUGAUGCAAAGUAUGUUUCUACCUUUCAAUCUUUCGGGCGAAGUGAGCGGGAGUGUCAGAGCUAUGCAGAAAGCAGUUUGGCAAACAUCAAUUACGAAAAGCGCGAGUUCCUCAUCGACGCCAUGGAAGAUCCAAUGCGAGCGAUCGUUUCCACCUCACUUGAUGCUGCCCAGAUCAAAACAUCCGGUGCGCUUGUGAACAGAGGAAAAGCAACUCUUUCGCAGGCUCAAGCUAUGAUGAAAUCGUCCGAGGAAGUUGCAGAAACUACUGACAGGACGUGGAGCCUUUUCAAACAAGUCGUUGAACGAGCCCAGCCGCUCGCAAAUGUGUACGACCUAUGUGUACUGCCCAAGAAAAUCAAAAUGAACGGUGGCAUCUUUCCGAGCCACAAAGCAAAGGGACACAUAGUUUUCAACAACGUGUCUUUCAAAUACCCGAACCGAAAAGUAGCUGUGCUGAAAGGACUGUCCUUUGAAGCUUUGGCAGGCCAAACCUGCGGAAUGACCGGCCAAGCCGGUUGUGGAAAGAGCACUGUAAUGAAGCUUUUGGAACGCUUCUACGAUGUUGAUGACGGUCAGAUUCUGCUCGAUGGGGUUGACAUUCGAGAGUACAAUCCCGAAUGGCUACGUAACCAGAUUGUUGCCGUCUCACAGGAAGCAACCAUGAUUCCAACGACUUUGAGGGAGAAUAUCACCCUGGGAAAGCCCAAUGCUACUGUGGAAGAGAUCUACGAGGCUUGCCGUAUUGCAAACAUUUAUGACGUUAUUACAGAUAAAGACCGUUUCCCACAAGGUCUGCGUACUGAAAUCGAGUGUGUUUCGAACAUUUCUGGAGGAGAGAAACAACGCAUUGCGAUUGCGCGUGCAGUCCUGGCUAACCCCCCUAUACUCCUCUUGGACGAGGCCACUGCUUCAUUGGAUGAAGAAAACCAGGCUCAGGUCCAGGAUGCCUUAAACAAGCUCCUGAAGGGCCGUACAACAUUGGUGAUCGCACACCGUUUGUCAACCUUGCGUAAGGCAGACAAGAUCAUGACAUUUGAUCAAGGCAAGAUAGCUGAAAGCGGUACGCAUGAUGAACUUGUCAACCAGGAUGGGUCUAUUUAUGGCAAGCUUUGGAAUACACAGUUUGGACGCUCGACGUUUGGAUCAGAAGAGCCAAUCUGCAAGCCUAUCCCUGCGGACGAUGACACGAGCACGGAUGACAGCACCGACCUUGAUUGUGAAAUCACUGAUGAAGAUAGUGAACUGUAG